UUUAUAAUUAUUAUUUUUCUCUGAACCAAUAAAUUUUUUGUUUUAUUAAACAAUUGGAGUAUUAUUAAUUUUUUUAAAUCAGUUAAACUAUUAUUAUAUAAUUGGGUUUUGAAAAUGCCUCCCGUUAGUAAAGUUAAUUUGGGCGAUUGUCGUUUUUACGAACAAAAAUUCCCUGAGCCAGAGGAUCUCGUCAUGGUCAAAGUUAAUCGAAUUGAAAAUCAAGGAGUGUAUGUAUCAUUACUGGAAUAUGAUGAUCGUGAAGGAUUAAUUUUACUGAAUGAAUUAAGUAAAAGGCGCUAUCGUAGUAUAAACAAAUUGGUCAAAAUUGGAAGACACGAAGUAGUUUUGGUUCUGAGAGUUGAUCCCUUAAAGGGAUACAUAGAUUUGUCCAAGCGUAGAGUCACUCCUGAGGACAUUAUCAAAUGUGAAGAAAAGUUUUCAAAAUCUAAAAAAGUACAUCAAACUGUCAGACACAUUGCCCAAAAGCACGGAAUAUCGGUUGAGGAGUUGAAUAGGGAAUGUAUUUGGCCACUGUAUAAAGCAUAUCCACAUGCUCUUGAUGCGCUUAAGGAGGCUGCCUCUAAUAAAGAGAAUGUAUUUAAGAAUAUAUCAAUAUCACAAGAAGUCAUCGACUCACUCUUACAAGACAUACAAUUAAGACUUGUCCCCCAGGCUCUUAAACUUAAAUGUAGUGUUGAUGUAUGGUGUUUCGGGCCUGAAGGUAUCAACGCAGUUAAAAUGUCACUUGGAAAAGCCAAACUGUUAGAUCCACAGAUUUCAAUAAGAUUAAUUGCUCCUCCACAAUAUGAAAUUUUAACAUCCUGUUUCGACAAGGAAGCUGGUCUGGCACUCAUGAAUCAGACGUUGGAAGUGAUUGAAAAGAAUAUUAAAUCAUUUGCCGGAGGCGACUUUAAGCAGAAGUGCGAAGUGGUUGUAAUUGGAGAUGACGAGAAACACCUGGAGGACCUUCUUGAGCUCCAUGAAACCACAGAUGAGGAGGAAGGAGAUGAGGAUGAAGAAGAGGAAGAUGAGGGAAUGGGAAGAGUAGAUGAGUCAAUGCUACCCCCAAACUUAUCUAAUGAGGUGGAAGACGAAGAAGAAUCUGACGAAUAAUUUAAUUAUAACAGUCACAUACAUAUUAUAAAAUAAUAUAAAUAAUUGUUGAA